AUGGGUGCCACUAAUCUGGAUGUAGAGCAGAAGGUCUUUGCUGAACCUUCCACCGCUCAACAUGAUAAUGUUGUCGCCUCUCCCAAUGCCUCUGACUCUGUGACUGAAAAAGAGCCGGGGCCUGAGUUCAUUUAUGAUACAGGCCUCAAGCAAUGGCUUCAGGUGCUGGGCUCAUUUUUCCUUUUCUUCAACUCAUGGGGAAUCAUCAAUACUUGGGGGGCAUACCAGACCUAUUAUGAGCAGAACCUACUUGUCGGUACUUCGUCAUCCACAAUUGCUUGGAUUGGAUCGCUGCAGUCGUUCCUGUUGAUGAUGAUCGGAGCCAUCACAGGCCCACUCUUCGAUGCAGGCUACUUCCGAACCCUUAUCAGCGUUGCCGCCGUUCUUAUGCCAUUUGGCUUGAUGAUGACCAGUCUGGCCACGAAAUACUGGCAAUUAAUUCUUUCUCAAGGUAUCUGUUGUGGUUUGGCAGCGGGCUGUCUUUUCGUUCCUUCAGUUGCCAUUCUCCCACAAUACUUCAAGAACAAGAAAGGACUAGCCAAUGGCCUUGCUGCCAGUGGCAGUAGCAUCGGUGGCGUUGUCUAUCCUAUCAUGUUAGAUCAGUUGUCAAACAGAGUCGGCUUUGCCUGGGCCACUCGGGCCCUGGGAUUCAUCUCAUUCGCUACAAUUUGCUUUUCCGUCGCUAUUAUGCGUUCGCGAUUCCAGCCAAAAGAGAAGCGCAAGCUCUGGCAGCUUUCUGCGUUCAAGGAACCCGCUUUCACCAUUUUCAUCUGUGCCAUGUUUGUGGGUUUCUUGGGAUUCUACAACUUCCUGUUCUAUGUGCAGUCUUACGCAAUUGAGACAAACAUUGUCGACCCAAAUUUAGGAUUCUAUCUCCUGUCAAUGCUGAAUGCCGCCUCAACAUGCGGCCGUAUUGGUCCCAACUUCCUUGCUGAUCACGUUGGUCCUCUGAACAUGCUCACUCCCUUGGUGACUAUAACCGCCAUCCUUGCCUUUGUCUGGAUUCGGGUUCACACCGUACCUGGUAUCAUAAUUUUGGCUGUGCUCUACGGUUUCUUCUCGGGAGGCUUUGUUUCUCUGCCGCCUGUGGUGAUGGCUACUAUGACUCCAGAUGUUCGCGAUUUGGGUACACGUCUAGGCAUGGUCUUUGCUGUGACCUCCAUCGGCUUGUUGAUUGGAACGCCCAUCGGUGGUGCAAUCCUGGGUGCUGAACAAAACUUCCUCGGAUUGCAACUAUUUACGGCUUGCUGUCUUAUGGCAUCCACAUGCCUCUUUGCAAGUGUGCGGUUCUUGCGCACGGGCCCCAUCCUUCGUACAAAGGCUUAA